UACCGCUUUGUAUUCAACGUGGGCUCAUGAGGAUGAUAAGUAAAUUUCACAGGUGGAUAUUAGGAGUAGUGACAGAAAGAUAAGAAACACAGAAGGGACAUGUUUAGCCAUUAGCAUGAAACAAUAUUGCUUCCGCUAUAAUUAUGGAAUUUGCCGAAUACAUUUUGUUAUUUUCUUGGUAUAUUAUUACUUGACUAGAAAUAAAAUAUUAUUUUACACUGAAAAACAAGAACAUGGCUUCCUUACUUUCAGGGAUUUCGAUCAAACAACAUGUGCCAUUUUGCUUUUGGUUUUUUCAACACGGAACACAGUACAGGAACAAUCUCUCUGGUCCGGUAUUCUGAAGUACGAAAGUUAGAAUGCAUGAAUGAAUUUUAAUUUAAAAUUAAAAGCUUUUUAAAAAUCCCCGGCAGCAUAAACGAAAAAAAAAACUAAUUAGAAUAAAGCGAUGGUAUUUUUGCUAAAAUUGCAAAACUACACGUGAAUUAUUCAUGGUAGAAAAAAAAAGCCAACAAUUCAGAUACAUCAAUCACUGAAAAUACGAACUGACAUUUAAUGUAAACGUUUCGCAAAUUAGUAGUUUCCUUAGGUAAACCACAAGUUAUAUUGCAAAUGCAAAACAACUGUCACCGUGGCUUUGAGUUCUCCGCCCUUGAGUGAAAUUAUUGGUCUUAAGUAAGCCGAGAAUAAACAAGCACAUAUGAAACAUAUCAACAAUAGUCAGAUGUUUUAUCGUGCGGCAACGACACCGCAAGCGGCGUUGCAUUUCAGUGUCAACCAGAACGAACGCGCUUAGAAGCAGGUUCCUUGAAGCUGUUCGCUGGAGAUCGAUCCAUCAAAGUCAGCCGAGUUGUGAUCUCGUUUUAAUUGAUCAUGAGCUAAAUGGCAAAAGGUGAGCGUGGCUGGGAAAAGGAGAACUCACUGCCGUGCUGAUUGUUGGCAAUCUAUUUGGGUUAAACAAGUACAUGAAAAUCACUGCUGAUUCAUACACAAUGCAAAAUAGUUCACUAUGGAGUUUUAGCAGUACAAACGCUACACCGCGGAUCAAGGAUUACAGUUGUAAAUCGUACCCAAGCGAAACAGACCUAACUAGAGGAGUGAAGAUAUUCUGUUACUGUGUCCUGCUGCUGUUUUCAGUCCUUGGCAACAUUUUGCUCGUUGUUAUUGUUAAAAGAAACAAGCGAAUGCAAACCAUUACCAAUUAUCUCAUUGUCAAUAUGGCGGUUUCAGAUAUACUAGUAACAGUCUUGGCCAUACCGCGGCGGAUAACAGAAGUAUUGCUUGGACCUAGGAGAUGGCUAUUUCACGACUUACUGGGCUCACUUCUCUGUAAAAGCUUGUCCUUCUUUCAAGACAUCUCAACUGCGGUGUCCAUUCUAAGUCUUGUAGUCAUAGCCAUUGAUAGGCACAGAGGAAUUGUGCACCCGUUACGCAAACAACUUUUCAAUCCCGGAAAACUCUGUAAAAUCGUCAUUCCCCUAAUAUGGAUCACUUCGAUGGGUCUUCACGCAGUGUACUUCUACAUUUUUAGAACAGUCACCGACGAUACAAAAACCUAUUGCGCGCUAACCUGGGCUCCCAAGUUUGACGAUAGAAAAUCUCAAGAAACUUACUAUCUGAUAUUGUUGUUUUGUCUAAUCGUUGUUCCAACAUGUGUAGUUAUAAUAUUGUAUUCGUCGAUUAUCCUGAAUCUCAAGAGGAGCAGGAUUGCAAGAUGUAAGGGGCCAUCGAACUUCGUCACAUCACGAAGGUCAAGAGAGGAUACGAAAGUUGUGAGGAUCAUCAUUGCAAUUCUUAUAGCUUUUAUCGUUUGCUUAAUCCCAAUCAAUGUUUACGCUAUUUUGAUAUUUUUUGUGUGGGAUCCCGGAAAAUUCCCCUGUGGCAUUGACAACGCUGGUUUUGCAGUUCAUUUUAUUUUGUAUUCAAACGCUUCGGUGAAUCCAUGUAUAUAUUUUAUUUUGAAUGAUAAAUACCGCAAGGGUUUGCUGAGUAUUUUAAGAUUGUUGCAUAUUGUCAAGAACAAGGACUCAGUGGAGAACAGCUCGAUAGAGCUUGUAACUCUAGUGAAAGAGCGGCAAACUAUUCCAAGUUGACUGUUCAAAUACCUUCUUUUUUAU